GGAGUGAAUGAAGAUCAGCUGAAAGGUUCCUGACUGAGAGGAGCUGACCGAGCAGAAAGAUCAGAGCUACUGCUGGAGAAUAGAGACUAGAAGCUGAAGCUGCAGAGUGAGAACCUGGACCUGAACGGUCCUUCAGAGAACAGAACCUCUCAGUGGGCGGUAAUGUCUCCUAUCAGGCUGGCCAACCAGCUGUCUGUCUGCAUGUAUGUAUUUAAAAAUAAACUAACCAAGAGAUUCAAAAGUUAAACUACCUUUAAUCAGUGGAGAUAAACUACAGACAGUGAAUCUAUUCACGAUGAAGGUUUCUAUGGAUAAUGACAUUAAUAACUAAGUAACUUUUUUAACAUUUUCUAGUGGUUUCUCUCUUCCUCUUUAAGAUAUUUGUGUUGUUUGAAAGACUGUUGCUUUGUGUUCAUUGAUGUAAACUGAUGUUAAAAGAGAAAAAUAGAUACAAAAUCUCAUUUUAGCUUUCUGCAUUCUUUGUCUUCAGGUGUCCACAUUUUCCAGAAAAUGUACGGCUGUGAGUGGAACAAUGAGACCGGGGAGGUUACUGCCUUCUACCAGUUUGGUUUUGAUGGAGAAGACUUGGAAAUAUUGGACGUGAAAGAAAACAGGUGGAUUGCUGCAAAACAACAGGCUGAAAUCUCUACAAACAGGUGGAACAAUGACAGAGCUCAGCUGGAGUCUGACAAGAAGUACCUGACCCAGAUAUGUCCUGAGUGGCUGAAGAUGUAUGUGAACUAUGGGAGGAGCUCUUUGAUGAGAACAGAUCUUCCAUCAGUCUCCUUCCUCCAGAAGUCUUCCUCGUCUCCAGUCAGCUGCCACGCUACAGGUUUCUACCCUAACAGAGCAGAGAUGUUCUGGAGGAAAGAUGGAGAGGAGGUUCAUGAUGGUGUGGUCAAAGGAGAGAUCCUCCCUAACAAUGAUGGGACCUUCCAGAUGAGCGUUCACCUGAAGCCUUCAUCAGAAAACCCUGAGGAGUGGACAAAAUAUGAAUGUGUGUUUCAGCUCUCUGGAGUCAAAGAUGACAUCAUCAACAGACUGAAGAAAAUCAAAAUCAGAACUGGGAAUGGUUCUUCGGAGUUCCCAACUGGGCCUGUUAUUGGUGUUAUUGCUGGACUUUUACUUCUGGCAGGCAUCAUUGCUGGGCUCAUUUGGAAUAAAAAAGGAAAAUAAUGGGUUUAAGCGAACAAAUACUUCUGACACCUCAUCUUCUUCUUCAGAUGAUUCAUGUCCUAACAAAAUGAACAGCAGAAGAUGAUGGAGGCAAUCAGAUAAAUGCACAAAGAAAACAACUUACAACUUCAAGAAAAUGUUUUAAUAUCUG